AUGCGUAGAUCUGAGUCUGAUUUAAUGCUACCAAGUGGAAGUAUUCAAGAAUUCUAUGAUCACUGGGAUAGUUGUAAAUCAAUAAUUAAUGACAGUAAUAAUACUGUCCUGUCUAUUGCUAAAAUUGAAUCAGUCUUUAAUCAUGUUGGAAAAAUUAUACUUCUAGUAGUUGAUGAACACUUUUCUUAUAAAUCAGAACAAAAUACUGUACAACAAGGUUCAUAUCUUGAAGCAGUACUACACAAUAAUAUAUUCCAAUCACUUCUUAUAUGGAUUGAAGCUAGUCCCACGUUGAAAGACGAUAAAUCUUUGAGUACACGUGAUGUUUUGCGCAGAAAUCUUAUCAUUGCCUUUGAACAAUUAAUAACACAAUCAAGACAAAAUGUUCUACUGCAUAGACCAAUUCUACAACCAUUAUGUCAAUUAUUAUUCAAAUUAUCAUCACAAUUACGACCAGGCUAUGAUCAAACCUAUGGACGUUUAUUGCAUAGUGUCUGUGUUUUAUUGUGUAGAAAUUAUCAAUUAUUAGACUAUAGUAGACAGCUGUGCAAAGAAAUAUUCAAUCAACCCUAUAUGAUAUUUUCAUUACUUGUCCCAUUGGUACAUCGUAAUGAUACACUGGGUGAUUCAGCUAGAGAUUCAUUUCUGUUAAUAUUUGCUAUUUCUAAAAAAGACGAUCAACUUGGUCAAUAUUUAGCAUAUGAAUCUGAUAUAUGCCCGGUUCUAGCCACUGGUUUAAGUGGUCUUUAUUCUAGUUUACCAAAAAAACUGGUACCACGUUAUUCAAUGAAUUCACAAAGUAAUUAUGACUAUAAUAAUAACAAUAAUAGUACAAAUUACGCUUACAAUAACAAUGGUACUGUCUUUGAAUCUCCUGGUGGUCCUGUUUCUGUCACUACACCAGUUUUUAUCCAAUCAGAUUUACGAUAUCCGUGUCUUUUAGAAUUACAAGUUGGCGGUGCUGAAUGGCAUCAGUUGACAGAGAAGGAGAGUAAUCAUUCAAUCGACCUGAGACGGUUUUUGCAUACGCUGGAUUUUUGUAAUCUUACAGUUAAAAUUGCACAUCCGCAUGUUCGUGAUCAAUUAUUGCAUUUUAUUCAUUCUGGAUUCUUGAUUCCAGUUUUAGGAUCUGCAUUACAUCAAAGUGCUAUGGAUGAAGUGAUCGCUGCUACUGCCUACUUGGAAUUAUUUUUACGUCGUUUAACUGAACCCCUAUUGAUUAGGCUAUUUCUCAAGUUUAUUAUUAUCGAAUCAUAUGACACCUAUCAUAUACUCACUUCAAUUAUGAAUCGAUUGAAUGCUAAUGCUGUGCUUGGAAUGGUCACAUUAUCGUUAUUUCGUACAAUAUUAAGCUUUCACUGUGAAGAUGUUAUGUAUGAAUUAAUAUUUAAACAUCUACUCACUCUGAAUUAUUUAGAUCCUGAAAAACAUGAUUCUUCAAAUAGUAAUUAUAAUAAUAAUCAUAAUAAUCUGCAUAAAACCUCCUCGUUAACUUCAUCGACAUUAUCAUUAACAAAUAAUAAUAAUGGGAAUAGUGGUGUUAGUGGGACACCACAAUCACACACACCAAAAUUAUGUUGGUCAACAUCACCAAGAUUGAAUUCAAUGUCUACAUCAAUGAUACGAAAUCCUCCAGGGUGUAAUCAACAUCCCAGUGUGAGUGAAUUAAUUCCACAUCUGGUUAAAUCAGCUGAAUUAUUCCUGUCACUUGCUAAUACCUCGACAAAUGCGUCUUCAUCAAAUAACGGUAGAAUGUCAAGAUCUAAUAAUAAGCAUGAAUCAUCAACAUGUUCAGAGGGAAGAGAACAACAGGGGCAGGAGCAGCAGCAGAAUAAGAAGACGAAGAAGACAUCAAAUGUAUCCUAUUGUCCCGUUGAAAAGUUACGUAAUGACUCCAAGGAGAUUAUCUUCACUGGUCCUACUCCUAAUACAGAUCCCUUGACAGAUUUAAAUGCACAAAAUAUCAAUACAGAGAUGGAUCCAGCAACUGGUGAACAUUCUGCUACAGACAGUGAUGACGAGGAUAACGAUGAUGAUGAUGAUGAUGACAAGUACAAGACAUUGAAUAAAAAUGAAUGGGUCGUGAUUCGCACAGCACAUCCUAUCCUCUUGACAGAUAAUUAUCCUGAAUUAUUAAAGUACAUAAAAAGUGCACAUUCACGUGUAUCACGUCGACGUCAAGCAUGCAAUUCAUCAUGGUAUUCACAAUAUUGGCCAAAAACUACUGAAAUUACUAAUCAUAUAAGUAGUAUGAGCAGUAGUAGCAUUGGUGGUGGUAGUAGUAGUGGUAUGAAGUCUAAUACACCUACCAAAAUGACAACAGACGAUGCCCUAGAAUUACAAGAAAAACAAGCUCAAAAUGAUUUGUAUAGAACAACAACAAGUGGAUCAACAAAAUCUACUAGGCAGAAUGAUUGUGUCACACAAUGUUGUGUAAAAUUGCUUGAAGAACAUGAUCGAUGCUUAAGAAGUGAUACAGAAGAAGGAGAAGAAGAAGAUGGUGAUGGUGGGACAGGUGGGGGUGGUGGUGGUGUCUAUGAUUCAUCGUCUUCAUCUACAAUCCAUCUUCAAUCAUUAUCCCGUCAACAUGCUUCAUCAAUGUAUCAAUUGAAUUAUUUAAAUGACUUUUCUGAUGAGGAAAAUCUUCAUGAUAGUGAUAAAAAUGACAAGAAUGCAAGCGUAUCAGCUGCAGAAGGUUUACCGACAACUGGAAAUCGACAAUUGCCUCGAGUGGCCUCCACAGAGUUAUUUCAUUCCCUCCAAGGUGAUGACGAUAAUAAUGAAAGAAUUUCAUUACAUGAGAAACUGGAAGACGCGACGAAUAAGGAGAACGAGAAGACGCAGAAUCCGAAGAAGAAGAAGAAAACGAAAAAGAUAAAGAAAGCAGCGUGUCUUGUUUCUCCAGGAAUCUCUACGCCACAUUCUCCAGCGACUUCCACUCCCAGGUGUACUUGUUUAUCAACACUGCCAGAUUUAUUAAGACUGGCACAUUUAGAUCCAAGUAUACAAUUGCAUAAGCAUAAUUCAAUUGGUGUUGCUAUGGAUACCGUUGCCCCUAGUAACAGUUAUAAUAAUAAUGAUGAUGCUGAAAGAAAAGAAUAUGAAUUGGAGAAUUUUUUAGCCGCUUUAGAUUGUCUCCCUUCACCUGGACAUUGUCCCAAACACUUUGGUCAUUUACCUCCAUUUAUAUCCUAUAGUAAAAUUGAUGAUGAAUUUUUUGUCAAGUUAGAUGAGUAUAUUAAAGAGUUUGAAGCAUCACAGUUGAUGAAUAUUGAAACAUCACUGCUGAUGAAUACGUCGUCAACUUUGGCCGGUAGUAAUAGCAGUAGUAGUGGUGGUGAUAGUACAGCUUCUGCUGGCGUCGUCAAUAAUAAGACUACUACUUCGUUGAGUUCAACACAAAUGGAGGAAAAGUCUUCAGAAUUGAAAUUAUCCAAUGACCGGUUGUUAGAUUCUGUCCUGUUGGAUAGACCAGAGUCAAUACAAUCACAUCAUAAGAUGAACAGUAACAGUAGUUGUGGUAGUAGUAGCACUUCUAGUGUACGUGGUGGAUUAACCGAUUUCCCGUCAACACCUUCCUUACAGUCAGCAAGACAUAACUCGAAUUCUGUUGGUGUAGCCGGUGGUAUAGGUCCCUUUUUAUCUAUUCUAUUGAAUCGUUUGGCUAAUAUGCACAAUAAUUGCUUUUUUACUAAUCUCCUACUGACGGAUAUAUUCGCUGCAUUGGCUUCUUAUCCAUGUCCAUUAUUGUAUGAAUUUCUGUUGAAUCCAGUCGGAUUAAGUGUCAAGCCGUCUGUGAAUACGCUAUAUAAGGUUCUUAGAUCAGUUAACAGUCAAAUUGUAGUUGCUUCAGAAUCUGUUGAACAAUGGAAGUCACUUGUAUUCCGUGCUCGUGUUUACUUGAAUAUUGUAUGGCCGGGUCCGUUUAAAAUGACAAUUGAUCCAAAUUUUUAUACAACACAUCGUGGUGGUGGCGGUGCUGGUGCUGGUGGGGGUAGUUCACAGAUCAAUAGACGACAAAAGAUGACAACAAAUUCUUCAAACAGUCAGCAGAAAGGUGUAUCUCAAGGCAGAGGUGCUACAUCGAAUCCUUCACAAAAUCAUCCAACAGAUUGUCAUUUACACAAAAAUUCUCUUCAACAUGUUGUCCCUUUGUCACCUGUUAUCUAUCCUACCCCGUCAAUGGUGGAUAAUAUUAAUAAUAAUAGUAAAAAAGGCAGUGAUGAACGUUCACAUCGUAGUGGUAGUGUUAGCAGUUUGAGUAAUAUUGGCUCACAUAUACGUCAUAGUAGUCGUAGUCGAAUUAACCAACUCUUUGGAUUAACUAGUCGAAUUGCACUCAGUCCUGUAUUAAAACGUGCAUCAUUACAACCACAACAACAGCAGCAACAACAACAACGACAACCACGUUCAUCACUUUUCUCAUCGGAUCAUCGUCGGAGCAAAUCGAAAGUGUAUAAUUCAGGAUCAGAAGAUGAAGGUGAUGGUAAUGGCGAUGAUGGUAAUCGUGAUAACAGUAAGACAAUGGAUGGAAGUCAUCAUAAAUUUCCCGGUAGUUCAGAUACUACUGAAAUCUCGAAUAAAACACGUAAUUUAGUUUAUGCUUCAAUUAUUUUUGAUGAAUUCUGUUAUGAACUUGCUUCCAUCUGUUAUGAGCAUAGUUUAAAUCCAUGUUUUCCAGAUGUUUGA